CUCGCGCGGUUGUUUAUAGCUCCAAACGGCAGGACUCCUUCGACGGCGAGUCCUUUCCGGGUAGUUAAUUCCACCCACUCGCCCAACUAAAGGCACGCCACAUCGUGUGUUGUGUGCUGUGUGUUGUGGUCCUUUUUCCCGGCUGGCAGUGCCUUGUAAACAAAAAUAACUCUGCUGGCUGGCGAGGGUGGUUACAACCCCCGAAUCUGCGAGUCCUUCGUCCGAGCCAUCCAACAAAAGGCAAAGGCAACUACAAAGCUCCGCAGGAUAAGUGGCAAGGGCACUCCUGGCUGCCAACUUUUUCGGGGUUGCAGACAGUCGGCAAACAAGCUGCGAAUGCGACUUUAAACGUCCAUAAACAUUCAGCAAAAAAUAAUAAAACAACAAACGUUGUGCCGUGUAUCUCGUGUCUGCGACUGCAAGUGUUUGUGUAUCUGUAUUCGUAUCUGUAUCUGAAAAGCGGUGAAAAUGAGCGAGUCCGGUGGCUAUCAGAAAAUGCCGCCCGGUUGGGACUGCAAAUACGAUCAGACAACUGGAAAUUGCUAUUACAUAAACUACUUGACCAAGGCCAUGCAGCUGGAGGAUCCGCGCGGUCGCAGUUACAGGCAGUUGCAGAACGAGCGCUGCUCCACGGAGUCGAUAGCCUUGCAGCAGUUGGUCAGCCAGCCGCAGACGUCGCACAACAGCUCGCCGUACCACGUCCAUCCCAGCAACAACUUGACCGCCAUCCGGGCCUUCCAAGAGCGCCAGCAACCCACGCUGCACAACGUCUCGACCAGUCCGCUGCUAUCCGCCUCCUCGAGGGGACACUUGGAAAUGUCAUCACCUUUACCCUUUCAACGGGCUCGUUUGGGAGCCAAUAUGUCGCGGCGUUCCACCAUCCAGGAGACCUCGUUCACCACCCAGGCGGAAACAGAUGCCGUGGUGACCAAAAUCCAGAACAUGUUCCCCACCGCCGGCGAGAACCACAUUCGCCUGCUGCUCAAGCGCUACUAUAACAGCGAGGCCGUCGUCAUCAGUGCGCUGCAGGUGGAGAAGCACCCGGUGACCAUGCCCGGUCCCUUCGUGACGCCGCCCUCGCAGAGGCACCUCUUCCACAGCGGCUCCGCCUUCUACAUGACGCCACCGGCGCGUCGUCCGGACACGGUGGCUAGUCGUCGCACCUCGCGCACGGCCAGUCCUCUGCCCGGCGGACGCUUCGGUAGUCUCGUGAGUGUGCAGAGCGGUCCAGGCGGUCCAGCCGGUCCACUAGGUCAUGGCCAUCAGAUGGUCCUGCCGCCGGGCUCCGCUAUUCCGCCGGCUCUGCACGGAUCGCCCCAGUGGCGCAGCUCGCCCAAACCGCACUCCUCGCCCAAGAUGAAACUGAGAUAUAUGAAAAACAUAUUUCCCAAGGCGGACGAAGAGUUGCUCCUGGAUAUCCUGGCCAAUGCGGAUAACAAUGUGCAGUUUGCCUCGGAAAAGUUGAUUUCCCUGGGAUAUACGAAACGCGAAAUGCAACAGCCACACAGACCCAACAAUCGCCCACCGGAGUUGAAUCAAGAUCAGCAGGCUGCCGGGGAUCAGGGUACAGUACAUAUACCUCUGAGACCCAAGGAAUAUACAGAGGAGGAGAAAACCAAAAUGCAAACUUUGCUCAAGGAGAAGUACCCGCAAAUUGCGGAGCGCAUAAUACUGAUGGCUUUGGAGUCGGUUAACUAUGCUGAGGAUCGUGCCACCCAGAUCCUGCAGAUUGUCCAGGACGAGGAUGAGCAGAGGGCCCAGAAGCAGGCUCCUUCGAAUCCGAAACAUCUUGAGCUGGCUAAAACCACAGGAGUCGAGCAAGUGGAUGGUUCCACUAAAGAGAGCCUGCUCAAUGUGGAGGCCACCUCCUCAUCCGCAUCUGCAUCCGCAUCCAAGUCGAAGCCACCGCACAAGCGCCACAUAAUGCCAUCGAUCAAUGUCACCACACCAUCGACGUUCACCACCCAGAUCAUUUUGGCCCAGGCCACGCCCACACCCACGCCAACGCCCACCGCGGAGGAGAAACUGCCCACGCAUCUGUCAUCCAUAUCGAGUGCAUCCUCAUCGCAUUCAUACGCCUCACCCGCACACUCACCCGACAUCCGGCAGAAGAGCUACGAACGCCUCACCACCAAGAGCAUCCUGGCCAAGAGCGGCCAUGGCUAUAACCAUUAUGGCAACAGCGACACGAACAACUACAGCAUCGGCAGCUACCUGCAUGGCUCCUCGAAUGCUAGCUCCUACUCCUCCUACUCCGCAUCAAUGACGUCCUCAUCGCUGGCCUCGUCGGCCCAGUCCAACUCCUCAUCCAUCGCGAGGGGGCCAGCCGCAUUCGAAAGUCGCGCUCGCACCAAAACCGAUUCACUGAAGCAUCGCCAGCACUCUGGCUUUGGCAACUCCCAAAACUCGGAGUCAACGGAAUUUCAAUCCAUCAUCGAACGUAUGGCCAGUAUGGGACCCAAUUCGCAGCUCAGCAAAGGCGCAGAUGAAAAUCUUCUACUAGCCGACUAUGUCACCUGGAAUGGACCCAAUACGAAACUGCUCCAGAAGCAGGCCACCCAAGGCCCGGAUGCCAGUCUCUUGGCAGAUCGAAGCUACAAAGCCACGGGCAGGAACUCGGAACUCUGCAAGGGCGCCCAGUCUGGAUUGGCCAAGGGCAGCAUUUACGCCCAAGGCAGCAACAAAAGUCCCAACAUUAAAUGCAACUAGGAGGGAGCACCCGAUCUCGAAUCUCCCCCUGAGUGCCAAAGAAAACGAGAUGAAACUUGUAACUAGCCGAGCACACCCCUCCAGAAGUUUAGACUUGCCAUUUAUAUGUGUCGUAAAGUGUUUUUUGCUCUUCCCCAAAAACCUCGUAGAUCUCAACACCCCGAAAAAAUUCACAUUCCAUCCAAGCUCCAAUUAUUUUUUAGUAACUGGUAAAUAAACAGACAUUAAAACUAA